CGGCCCGCCAGGCGCCGGUCCCCGGGCCCAGGCAGCGCGGCUCGCAGAUGUAGCGGCGCGGGGCCGGCCGGAGGGGGGGCGCCGGCGGGCGGGAGCCUUGCAUUUUGCAGCGCUGGGCUCCGAGGGGGCGGGGGCCGGAGGAAGCGGAAAGCCGCGCGGAGUCGCCGGGGACCUCGGUGAACCAUGUUGAGCCCUGCCAACGGGGAGCAGAUCCACCUGGUGAACUAUGUGGAGGACUACCUGGACUCCAUCGAGUCUCUGCCUUUCGAUCUGCAGAGAAACGUCUCUCUGAUGCGGGAGAUCGACGCGAAAUACCAAGAAAUCCUGCAGGAGCUGGAUGAAUAUUACGAGAAGUUCAAGCGGGAGACGGACGGCGCCCAGAGGAGAAGGGUGCUGCCCUGCAUUCAGAGGGCGCUGAUUCGGAGCCAGGAGCUGGGCGACGAGAAGAUCCAGAUUGUGAGUCAGAUGGUGGAGCUGGUGGAGAACCGGGCCAGGCAGGUGGACAGUCACGUGGAACUCUUUGAGGCACAUCAAGAGGUCAGUGACACCACUGGCCACAGCAAAGCUGGCCAGGAUAAGUCAAAAACUGAGACAGUCGCGCAGGCAGAAAAGCCUAACAGCAAGCGGUCCCGGCGACAGCGCAACAACGAGAAUCGGGAAAACGCAGCUAAUAAUCACGACCAUGAUGACAUCACCUCCGGAACGCCUAAGGAGAAGAAGGCGAAGGCCUCCAAGAAGAAGAAACGCUCCAAGGCCAAAGCCGAGAGGGAGGCAUCCCCUGCGGACCUUCCCAUUGACCCGAACGAGCCCACGUACUGUCUGUGCAAUCAGGUCUCCUAUGGAGAGAUGAUCGGCUGUGACAAUGACGAGUGCCCCAUCGAGUGGUUCCACUUCUCCUGCGUGGGGCUGAACCAUAAACCCAAGGGCAAGUGGUACUGCCCCAAAUGUCGAGGGGAGAACGAGAAGACCAUGGACAAGGCCUUGGAGAAGUCCAAAAAGGAGCGGGCCUACAACAGGUAGUGGCGGGCCUGGCUGGCCCGAGGCGAGCAGGACGAGCCGUGUAUUUAUUGCAUCGCCACCUGGACGGGCGCGGGGACUGCACGUGUAGCCUUCUAAAGACUGUUGGAAGAGGAGCUCUUCCUCUCGUAGCUCUUCCUCUCGGGGUUCUCUUUGCUUUUCCCUUGGUGCACAUGUGUAAUGAGAGAGUGGUCUGUGGAUAAGCAUUUUAGAAACUGCAAAUAUAGGUUUGAAUUAAACACUCGAGUGGG